AUGUCUGAGGACGACCUGAUCGAUGGGCCACAGAUCGCCAUCGGUCGAUAUUCGUUUUCAACCGCUUUCAUCGUUGUGCAUGUUCUGCGUCAGCUGAUCGACCGAGAGUUUCCCAUCGUGUCUCUAGAACCCACUGAGAGCAGACGCUCAGAGAGAGAGAUGGAGCGGAGGAGGAUGGAUGCUGACGGAGGCCGCGCGGUCCACCGGGAGAGGCGUACGAGGAAGCUCGCGGUGGUCGUCGCCGUGCAGAACGUGCUGGUGACCACGUGCCUGGUGGUCUCGCUCUACGUUUGCUGGAACGUUCAGACUCGAACACCAAGUGCAGAGCAGGCAUCUAAAGACAAUGUUCACAUACGGUUUGAUCCCGUUUCAGACUUGUCAGAAAAUGGGACGGUGAAGUUCACUGAAGUUUUCAGCAGCAACAUGAUGAGUCUGGCCGGGGAGAACAAAGACCAGAUCUACGUCAACUGCACUGGACCCUACGUUCUGUACAUGUACCUGUGCUACAAGGACAAGGACGAGACUGAAGCCAGCGGGCUGCUGCAGCUGCAGGUGGUGGGGAGAAAAGCUCCCGUCAGCUCCUUCCCCCUGAACGCCUCCCACGAGGUCUGCAGGGGGCUCCACAGCAUCGCCUACCUCAGGGACAAGGAGACGCUCAGUCUGCAGUUGAACUGCACUGCUGGUUUCAAGAUUAAGACUGUGACCGUGGGCCUGAGCUACAUGCUGGGGAGCCAGUGUCAAUUCUUUUGAGGGCAGAUGAAAGACACGAAGAUCAGAGCUGACUGGAUCGGAGGAGAACUUGUGAGAACAGACACUCUAAGCAGGACUCACCCCGACGGCACGACGUGUGUGGUGUUUCCUCGAUAGAGGGAGCUAUGCUUCUGGUAGUUUGACCACCGGCAGGAAAUCUCAACAACUCGUGCAUGUCACCCCGGGCAAGAGCGAGUCAUGUGAUGUUGUUGGUGGCGAUUCACAAAAUAACUGAACCACCCUUUAAAAAUAACUCCCUUUUUGUUUUUGCUGAAUUCCAAAAUGUGGCUUCUGUUCUUGAACUGUUUUGAUUUAGGCUGCAGGAUUACUUUCCCCCUUUUGAUUAAUUUAUUAUUUUCCUCUAUUAAUCAGUGAAUCGUCUGGUUUGUAAAACCUCAGAUAAUAGUGAAAUAUGCUAAAGAUAGACCAGAAUGUAAAACAAGAGCAAACAGCAUCAUCACAAAAAAAAAAGAAAUGCUGGAACCAUUCACUGUUUUCGUGUAACAGAUCAUUUAAAUGCUCAAUAAUGAUCUAAACAGUUUGUAAUACUUCUGACUACAGUCAUGAUCCGUGUCUCUUUUAAAAGGUAACUCCUUGAAGUUUACUCCCAAAAGGUUAGAGCGGUACCAAACCACAUUUAUAGAGGCACCUUUUGGAAGCGCCCCUGCUACAAAAUGAACUGUAUCGCUGUGUCAUUGGGAUGAAGCGGUUAACACAGAUAAGGUGUUAAGAAGCGGUUUUGCACUCCUCAGGUGCCUUCUAGAUUUAAUAUAUGUAUAUACAGCUAAUCAUUUUACUUUGUUUACGUGGUACCAAAUGAAUGUAUGAUGUUAUUGGUGCAUUUAUUGUCCGGUGAAGCAUCCAAUCUGAGUCUCAUAGACGUUCUGUGUGCUGUGCGGCUACCAAACCGUUUGUGUUGAACUGGUUCGGAUCACCAGACCGGUGCGGUACCCCACAACAAUGAGUCUCACUGACGCGUCUACCGUCGAAUCACCGUUUGUUCUUCUUCUCUCUUCUUCUUUUCGGUGAUCUACAUGCUAACGAACAUGGCCUGUUUUUAAUCUCGGUGAGAGUAGAGCUGGAGUUCCUGGAAAGUUAAACACAUGUCAGACAGGUUUGAUGUUGCAGUCGCACGGACACGCAGACAGCUCAGGGUAAUGACCAGAGGAUCAACUGCAUCUGCACGCACAGUGCUCCAUGUAAUGUUUGUGACAUGUAUGUGUGUGUGUCUCUAAUGAUUCUUGUACUUGUGUUGUUGAAGAUUCCUUGUAUAUACGGUAUUAGUGAAGCUAUUAUAUUUUCAGUGAAAAGCUAUGUUGUAAUAAUGAUGAAUAAUACUUUUUAAGUAAGCUGUAAGGUACAUUGUACUCUUGAUACUCAUAAUAUAGGCAGGUUUACCAUCUUGGCUGAGCUAUAAACGAUGUCAUGUUUCACAUUAUUGUUGUUUAAAAUGGUUGUUUUGAUCCCCACUAUAUCAUAAAUAAAAUAUUUUA